CACACACAGAGGAGGGAAGUAGUGAUGAAGAGGGAGGAGACUGAGUGGGUUUGGUCCCUUUUUUUUUCUGCGUACACUCGCAUGAGCUUUCUGAACUUGGAAAAUAAAGUGUGUAAAGGAGUGAAGCGCACAGAAGGAGAAGAAACACAGAUACACACACACACACCAGCAUAACUAACUACAAGGCAUCAUGUUGAUCCUCCUUGGUGGUAUUUUUCUCCUGCACAUAGCUACAGUCGUCCUCCUGCUCGCUGCCACCAUUGAGAAUGCCUGGUGGACUACCGGCUUCAUAUCCACAGAUAUUUGGGGUCGUUGGACUUGGAUCAAUGGAACUAAUCAGUGGAACUAUACAGCGCUUCCAAGCACAUAUCCUGAAGAUUACCUCCAGGCUGUGCAGGCAUGCUCAAUAUUAGCGUGUGUGUUUUCGGGGAUUGGUUUGUUCGUGUUUCUCGCUCAGCUCUUCACACUGCCCAAAGGAAAACGCUUCAUCUUGUCGGGAGUGUUCCAGCUGCUUGCUUGUCUGUUUAUUAUGAUCGCUGCCUCGAUCUACACUGAUAUUUUCCACAAGAAAGAAAAUGGAUGGUACGGUCCGAGUUUUAUCAUUGCCUGGCUCGCCUUCGCUCUCACCUUCAUCUCCUGCGUCAUCUACUUUGUCCUGCGCAAGAAAACAACCUGAGGAACUCACACACUCCUACACACUCCUACAGACACACACAUGGUCAGGUUUGCUUGUGUCACUGUAGAAGAAGAAGAUAAUUCACAUGAUUAAUACAUAAAGUGGAAAAUGGUGCAUUAGGAGAAAAAAACAGAACAGAUAUGUGACAAAAUGUGUGUGUGUGUGUGUGUGUGUGUGUGUGUGUGUGUGUAUGUGUAUGUGUGUGUGUGUGUGUGUGUGUGUGUGUAAAAUGCUGAAUAAAUGAAAUAAAUCUGUUACAUUUGUGAGAGAAAUACAUAGAUUUUUCAAAUUGAUACCAUAUUGUAAUGCCACUUAUAUAAUGUUAGAAGUUUUUAUUUUCUGGGUGAAUAUGAAUUUGUUCCAAUGAAUUACAGAUAACUAAAAUGAAAUGUAAUUGUUUAUUAGUUGCAAUUUUAAUACAAAUAUUCCAAUUUUGCAUACCAUUUAUUUGCAUAAAGUCUCUUUGAAUGUGUAAAUAUGGUGUUGUUCAGUUGAUUAUUUCUUGUAUGCUUCUAAUUUGUUUACACACUUUUACUGCAUGGCUUUGAGAAAUGCUCGAAUCUGAUUGGUCCGUGGAGUUACAAGUGUGUUUGCAUUUCUACACACUUAUUUUACAUACUUUUUCAUCAUGCACGAUUUUAAUAAAAUAAGAAAACUUUCUCUAAAAGUCAGUGUAGCUAAUCAGUGUGUAAACGAUUGUGAAGAAAGCACAGCAAGAACAAUUAGUCUUUAUUUGUUUUGUUUUUUGUUACAUGUUUUUUGUGCAGUGUGUAUUAAAGUUUAAUCCCAAAUUA